AUGGCAUACCACGUGCGCAGCCUGGUGAGAAAGGGACGGUUUGUCCAUCUGUGCGGCUAUUUGGAGAGCACACUGCCGGACUUCCUUUACGAUGACGACACUGUCGACCUUUACGAGAUCCCUGUAAUUCGGCGUCGCGCGUGGAUGCCGUAUCUGGUGUUUGCGGUCUACAAAGUUGCGGCCCAGUGUUUUGAGCUCACAAGACUGCUUUCGACAGUCAUCGACGAAAACACAGAAUACGUGCUCGUGCAAAAUCCUCCUUCCAUCCCUGUGCUGGCCAUCGUCGUCAUUUUGAGAAAAACAAUCUGUCCGCACGUCAAGAUAGUUGUCGACUGGCACAACCUGAACUUUUCGAUCCUCAACCUCAAAUACCACAACGAAAAUCACCCUGCUGUGCAGCUACUCCGAAAUUAUGAGAAAUAUGUGGGGAAAUUCGCCGAUUACCAUUUUACGGUAACUGAAAAGCUGAAAGAAUACUUGCAAAAAGAGUUCGGAAUCGAUGGUACUAGAAUCAGCGUUGUUCAUGACCGUCCAAGCGACGAGUUUGUGCCGCUGGAAGGCGACAGGAUGGAGGUCGUCAAAGAGCUAGCUGUGCUGGACGGAUUCCAAGAUGCUGACAAAUUGAUUGUGUCAGCAACAUCGUUCACCGAGGACGAGGAUUUCGGCGUGCUAGUGGAGGCGCUCAAGAAACUUGACUCAAAGCUCGACACCAGAGUGUUCAUGGUGGUUACAGGGAAAGGCCCACUUCAGAAGAAGUUUUUGGAUUUAGUGGCUCAAAACAAAUGGAGUGAAAAUAUGAUAAUCAGAAAUGCGUGGCUGUCGGUCUCCGACUAUCCAAAACUACUCCAGGUGGCCGACGCGGGGGUUUCGCUACAUUACUCGUCCUCGGGACUGGAUCUCCCAAUGAAGAUUGUCGAUCUUUUCGGCUGCGGAAUACCUGUAGUGUCGAUGAAUUUUCCCGCGCUGCAUGAAUUGGUGACCUACGAAAACGGUCUUGUGAUGGAAAAUAAUUCAGAUGCCUCGGAACUUUGCGACAAAAUUCACCAGCUGCUUUACGGGGUAGACCUCAAACCAGGGGCUUUGCGCGAAAGCACACGCAGAUGGGACCAAGAAUGGCAAAACACAAGAAUAUUUUAA